AUGGGUCUCAUGUUCGACGCAUUGGAGCACCUGAAUCACGGACUAGCAACCAAACUAGUGAACGCUCCAGCGCUCGAGGCCGGCCCAGGGAACGCAGCGGCUCUAACAACCGGGAUGUUGCCUCAACAGUCGACUCGCGGAGCCGACACCAACGUCGACGUGACUCGCACUCCGCGAGCCGAAGCCGGUCUCGAUCUCCACCUAGACGCAGGCGGCGUCGCGAUGUGUCCAAUAGCCGCAGUCGAUCUCGAUCACCAGCUCGGCAACAUCGUCGACACGCAUCGUCGUCUCCAACACCCCAAGAGACUGGACGAUAUCGAGGAAAACCAAGCAACGGGAGGGCGAGAGAGUCAGCUUGGUGGACGUGGUGGGAGCCGUACUGGGCGUGGAGUACGAGGUGGACGAGGUGGAAGACGAAGGGGCCGGCUGUCAGGAGCUGCAUUACAAGGAACGAUGACAGUGGAAGAGCAACGCACUGGUUGUUAUGACGCAAACGCCGAGGACGUCACUCUGCCUGCCAAAAAGCUGAAGACACCUACAAGGACCGCUCAAAACGAGUUACUUCAACAUCUCAAUGGCGCAUUUAAGCUAUUAUGUGGAGUUCAUGGUGACGAGAGGUGGCCGACUGAUCCUGACGAGGAGCGUAAAAAUCCCAGGGCACCAGACGAGGUGUACCUGAACCCGGUUUUUGCUUCACCGGUUAACGACCCGCGAAACGUCAAGGUGCGGCGAGCUGUCACCGACCAUGUGUGGUCAGAGUUAAAGACCCCUGGCAAUCUUGGCGAGAAGCUGACCAAUCGAGCUGUCAAAUGGAACAAAGAGAGCCUCUUCGUGUUGUCAAAGACGACAUUCACAAGCUUGAAGGAGGUUUGGCAGGUGCAAAAUGAUUCUGGACGCGAAGCUGCCAAGGCAAGAGACGACAGGGAGCUACGACGAUACCAGCGAAGAAAAGCAGGACUCACCAGCCUACAGAAAGCUAGUCGGCUGCUCGGAGUGAUAGAUGAGUACAAGGAGGAGCAUGAUGGGAAUGAUCCUACAGAGAUGAUCAUUGCUGACUUGAUGUCGGAUGAAGAGUCGGGCCCCGAGGAGGGAUCAGAUGAGACGCUGGAGGAGUGGAAGGUGAUGAUGGCAAGGGGAAAGGGAGUCAAUCCACGUGGGGAUGCGUUCGGGACUGCAACAUUCCACGAAGUGUUGAGAUGUCCCUGGCGCUCGGAGCUUCUCGAGACAAUCCUCGCUUGGCUGCGAGCCAAGUGGUGGGAACUGCUGGACGUUAAGAAGAGGAAGCGGUUCACCACACACAUGGUCCGCACCGACCGCAUGACUUCUCGGAUCCCAACUGAAGCGCCCUGGGACUGUUGUAUCAACGCGGGAUGGCAUGCAGAGAAUGUCAACGAACCUGAGUACGAAGUCUACAAGCUAGGGGACUGGUACAGGUAUGGCGACCCACCUGCGUUCAAAGCGCCGGGUCCUCCGCAAGAAUUAGCACAGGCCACUUCAAGCGGAGGAAAUGGGCAGCCCGGACCAAGUGGGGGUGACAAGAGUGUGGAGGCGAGGCCAAGCGAGAGCGGCGAGGGUGGACAGAUUGGACCAAAUGAGGGUGGUGAAGGAGGCGCGCAGCCGAGUGGGAGUGUCCAAGGCGGUGGACGUGAGGAAUUGGGCAGUCGGGUUAAUGCACCAUCAAGUGGGUGGGGCAUUGAGCAGUGA